GCCUGAAAGCCGCUGCUGUUGGCCCCCUGAGAUGAUCUCAUCGGAACAUGGCUUCAGCGACCUCAGCCGUAGCUUCUGCUGGCAGCUUGCUGGCAGCUGUGGCAGUGUUUUGAAACAGGCAAAAACAGAUUAUAUCAUGUGGGCAACCUGCUGCAACUGGUUCUGCUUGGAUGGACAGCCUGAGGAGGUCCCACCACCACAAGGAGCCAGGACGCAAGCCUAUUCCAACCCUGGGUACAGCUCCUUUCCUUCCCCAACAGGCUCAGAACCAAGCUGCAAGGCCUGUGGGGCCCACUUUGCAAACACGAGCCGGAAGCAGACCUGCUUGGACUGUAAGAAAAAUUUCUGCAUGACCUGUUCAAGCCAAGAGGGGAAUGGGCCACGCCUCUGCCUUCUCUGCCUCCGGUUCCGAGCCACAGCCUUUCAGCGAGAGGAGCUUAUGAAGAUGAAGGUGAAGGACCUGAGGGACUAUCUCAGCCUCCAUGACAUCUCUACUGAAAUGUGUCGGGAAAAAGAAGAACUGGUGUUCUUGGUGCUUGGCCAGCAGCCUGUGAUUCCUGAGGAGGACAGGACUCGUGUCCCCACCUUGUCCCCAGACUUUCCCGAACAGCAGGCCUUUCUGACCCAGGCUCACACCAGCACAGUACCUCCUACCUCGCCUGGCCUCCCAUCUUCACCUGUACAAACCACCUCUGUUCCCUCAGUCCAGGCUCAGGAAAAUCAGCAGAAAGGGGAGAGAUGGGAAGCCCUGCAGCUGUCCUGGCCUGUGUGGAAGCAGCAGUGGUUGGCAUGCUGCAGAACUGCCACUGGCCAUGUGUCUCAGGACCAGGAGGAGCCCGUCUACCUGGAGAACACAGCCAGAGCACUUGCUGAGGAUGAGACCCAGUCUAUCGACUCAGAGGACAGCUUCGUCCCGGGCCGGAGGGCCUCACUGUCUGACCUGACCCACCUGGAAGACAUUGAAGGCUUGACAGUACGGCAGUUGAAAGAAAUCCUGGCUCGCAACUUCGUCAACUACAAGGGCUGCUGUGAGAAGUGGGAGCUGAUGGAGAGGGUGACCCGGCUGUACAAGGAUCAGAAAGGACUCCAGCACCUGGUGCGUGGUGCUGAAGACCAAAAUGGAGGAACAGUGUCUUCUGGCCUGGAGGAGAACCUGUGUAAGAUCUGCAUGGACUCGCCUAUUGACUGUGUUCUGCUGGAGUGUGGCCACAUGGUGACCUGUACCAAGUGUGGCAAACGCAUGAAUGAAUGUCCCAUCUGCCGGCAAUAUGUGAUCCGGGCGGUGCACGUCUUCCGGUCCUGAGGCCUGCAUCAGCUUCUUCAGUGCCUUACAGGAUAUAGCCCAAGGUGUCUGGGCUCAGGGUUGGUCCAUGUGGAAGGGCAGGCUAUUGGAAGAAACUGGCAGCGUUCUCAAGACCAGGGCAAAGUUGCCGGACAUGCCUGUCUUGCCAUGGGGUACACCUCUUGGCUGGCAGAGCCUGAGGCCAGUAGGAACUGUACAGAUUCCAUGCGUGAGUGCCUGUUUCUGUGAUCAUGGGAUGGCAAUAGUGAUCAAUGAACAGAUGACUUUGCAGAACUUGGACCAUGUCUUCCUCACUUCCUGAGAGCCUAGACACAUUUCACCCAUCCUGUACACUAUUCGUCUUGCCUCAUCAGAUCAGAAGUUCUGCUAGAAGUGGUUCCAUUCAUCCCCAGCACAUUUGGAUUUAAAUUUCUGGUCUCUCUGGCUCUGUGCUUUAACAUACAUUUAAAGUCUGCUGCAUUGCCUAAAAUCCAUUUGUUUCUAUGGACCAAAAAUAUUAAUCGGACCAAUAGUACUCCUUACGACAGAAUUUGGAUCGGUAGCCUUACAUGGGCAAGGAAUAGUGCAUGGGUCAUCUCUGCUACUUUUGUUCUGGAGCUUGACUUUGCACCAUCUUUUGGCUCUUCAUCCUUGUUUUCCAACAGGCAAAGUCUUACAAAUUCUUUCAAUAAAGUUUUCCAUCCUUUCCCAUUGAGGUUUUAAACUUAGUUUGACUGAAGGCACGGAACUUAGAGCCUUGUUCUCCACCCUGACUUCAUGGAGUUUCCAGAGAACAGACUAGUGUAGGGUAGUGUAAUGAGGCAGCACUAAACCGUGCUGAAUGAGGCUGGUUUGUGCUCAUUACAGCUGGAAGUCCUUCCAUGUCUUUCUCAGUCUGUUGUUUUAGGAGAUUAGGAUGAAGCAUUUGGAUCUUUAGUCAUGAAGUUUCCAAGCCUUUUUAGCAUUUGCUGGAACAGCUCAACAAAGCACAAAACAGAUGCUCAGAGGAGCUGUGUAUGUCCCAAUUACCAGUGGGAUGCACCCUAAAUACGAGGGCACUACCCAUCACUGUGCAGCUGAGCUCUAGAACUAAUGACUCUAGAAGGCAGAGGGAAACUUCCAAGGUGGACUAUUAGAAGUACUUACACUUCUCCUCCAUCAUUAACCAUUAAAUACUUUCAGGAGAUCAAAUAAUUUUGUCAGAGAAACCCUGGGCCUCAGCAUUACAAACCAGAUAAUUCGAUUUUGGAUUAAAGCCUUUUUUAGGAGUUGGGGAAUCAGAUUUUCCCACAAAGACUGCCUUUCCCCUCUACCCAACAGUAAGCACUGUAGCUUAGUGCCUAUCAUCAAUUUAGCAAUGGCUCACUGAUUCUACUACUACUGGACUCCACUGUGAAACAGGUCUGAUUAUACAGCUCAGAAAGAUCUAGCAAUAACCUCAAAGCUGGCUUUCCUUCCUCACAACUUGCUUUCUCUGCUGAGACCUUACCUCUCCUACCUCCUAGACAGGAAUAGAAAAUACACUGAUGGCUGAUUAGUAACCUAAGUUUACAAUCAGAACUGGUGUCAUUUACUUAUUUUGAAGAAAGAACUUGCCUUUGAACCUUUUGGUGAAGGUUCUCCUUUGGAAAGAAACAGGUCUCAAACAUCCCGAUUUUUUCCCCCAUUUUUUAAUUACACCAAAUAAAAGUUGGGAUUCCAGGAUCCCAUUCCAGUUAACAUCUAGUGCAGGUAGAAAACCUGACUCCCCUUCUGUCCCUCAUAGAACCUUUUAUUGUUGAAACAUCUAAUCUUUGCAAUUCUAUGGAUUUUGCUGUGAUUGCGCCAAGAUUUCAGUUGAAAAUUGUUUUAAGACUUGGACAGCUGACUGGUUCAUAUGUUGAAAUAGCUGGUUCUAAACUAAUAAGCUAUCAAGGAAUUAGUGUUCAAUAUAUAUUGUAUAAAUCUGUUAAAAUCUCUUGGAUGCAAAUGUGUUGUUUCAAGUGGCUUAUAUUAAGAAUCUCUUGACUUACCUGGGUGUUAAAAAGGAGACCCAAAUGUAUUUUUUUGUUACAGAGCUCUGCUUUAUAAUUUUGUAAUAAAGUUUCAAUAUAGA